AUGGUUUCCAUAGUUUCCUCAGCUCUCCCAGCCACUCAGAAGGCACUCAAAGUGCAGGAACGGAACCAAGUCAAACUUGAGAAGAAUGCGGUUUUACCUACAGUGGGCCCCUCCGAGGUGCUUAUACAGGUCGUUUUUGUCAGUAUUAACCCGGUCGACGGCAAGUCUGUUGACAUGCAACCUACACCUGGGGCCACGUGCGGCACAGAUUUUUCCGGCGUUAUAGUAGCUCUCGGGGCUGCCGUCAGCACCAAUCAGUGGCAGAUUGGCGACCGCGUCAUGGGCGGCAUAUUUGGCAAUAACCCUCUCCGACUGGAAAAUGGCGCAUUCGCCGAGUAUGCAGCAUGCCCCACCCAGCUCCUCUGGCGUAUUCCUUGCUCCGUUGACUUUGCAACUGCAGCUUCGCUGCCGGCGGCUAUGGCAACCGUAGGUUUGGCCUUGUUUCUUCACCUGGGGAUCCCCAUGCCGGAAGUGGCAACGGCCAAGCUUCCGCCGACUACUACAACCAAUAAGCAAUCUGAACCGACGUAUGUGCUAGUCUACGGCGGUGGAACUGCCACCGGCGCUAUAGCAAUACAGGUGUUAAGACUGUUAGGUCUGACGCCCAUAACCGCAUGCUCUAAGGCAUGGGCGCCCCGGGCUCUCGCGUUAGGUGCAGUUGCCAGUUUCGACUAUCAAUCACCUACUUGCGGCGCCGAAAUUCUUCAACACACGUCGGGGUCGUUGGGUCUAGUGCUCGACUGCAUCACCGACUCAGCAUCCAUGGAUAUUUGCUACAAGGCUAUAGGCCCCGACGGCGGCCGCUAUGUGGGGCUAGAUCCUUUGCCGCUCUGUGGACACACCCGCCGUAGUGUCAAGCCAGACUGGGUGUGCGGGUACACGCAGUUUGGCCACCGAAUUGAUUGGGCGCCGCCAUAUGACUUGGACGAACGUCCAGAAAACCGUGCCUGCGCCGAGGCAUGGUAUGUCUUGGCCCAGCACCUGCUUGAUGAAGGUUCGAUUAAGCCACAUCCUAUCGAGUUGCAACAUGGCGGUCUUGAUGCUGUGGGCGAGGCCAUGGACCGAGUGUGCAAGGGGCAGAUCAAAGGCAAGAAGCUGGUUUGCCAGGUUUCUAGCUAG